AUGGGGGGAAGUUCAAGCACUCGUAAUAUUACUGUGGAGCAAGAUGCUGAAACCGGUGUUGUUAAGGUUUCAGAGGCUCUACUGCAUCGUAUGCUGGGUGACGAGAGCACAGAGCAACCAACGCAUGAACAUCCACAAGAGACUAAUCACAGACGUUAUCCAGCAACGGAUGAAACAAAGUACAAUUUGAAACUCUUGAAUGAAGAAUGGAGGGAGCGACUAUACCAGACAGAAGAGCGAUGGCAAGACAGACUGAAUGAAGCUGAGAGAAAAAAUGCAGCUCUGUUGCAGCUUUCGAGUGAAAAAUUCCAACAAGCUGCUGAAGAAGUGGAAGCUAAAUUCAUGAAGCAUCAGUGUGUGCCUAUAUGCCAACAGUUGCAGGAGGAGGUUAUGAAAUGUUAUGCAGCCAAUCCGGGCAAAGCCUUAAACUGCUCACAAGAAGUCAACGCAUUCAACCAAUGUGUGGAUAACAGUAGAACUAGUAUUCUAACAAAGAAAAGUCUUGAAACAGUUUCAUAA